AUGCCUCAAUCAGUCUGGCUAGUAACAGCUACUACUUCGGGUCUCGGUGCCGCAGUGGUGCAGAACCUCACUGCGAGAGGUGACAGGGUCAUCGCGACUGGAAGAGGGGCAACGGAACGUCUCAAGCAUUUGCAGUCUGACAAUGUCUUUCUUCUCGAUCUUGAUGUCACUGCGCCUCGAGCUGAGAUCGACGAGCAAAUAAAGAAAGCCUGGGAUGUUUGGGGACGCAUCGAUGUUCUCUUGAACAACGCGGGCAUUUCAGCACCCAAGAGUAUUGAGGAGGCAGAUGACGACUUUGUGCGUAACGUCUUUGACGUCAACCUCUUUGGAACGCUACAUGUCACUCAAGCUAUCCUGCCUUACUUCAGAGCCCAACAGAGUGGCACCAUCGCCUUCAUCGGAGCUGGCGUGGGCUGGGGCCCGUUGCCAUUCUUAGGCCACUACGCCGCCUCGAAAGCUGCUCUCGGUGCUUUUGUCGAAUGCCUAGCAAAGGAGGUCCGACGAUUCAAUAUCCGCUGCAUCAUUUUUGAGCCCGGCGGCUUCCCGUCCCAACUUGGCCAACCUCGCGAAGGUUCAGUGGAGGGAUUUGGGAAGUACAAGCCCGCUUUAGAGGCCUACAAUCCCGGUUUUGAGGAGUUGAUGGACGUGUUCAUUUCGGAUAUUGGCCCGAAUGUGCCUGGUGAUAUCAGAAAGUUGUCAGAACGCAUUGUGGACUGCGUCAAGGUUGAGGGUGCCAGUGCUGGAAGGCCGGAGCCGGUGAGAGUCAUUCUUGGAAGUGAUGCAUUACGGUUGAUAGAGCAGAAAUGCAAGGAGCAGCUUGAGCUCGCGAGUAGUUGGGAGGAUGUCAGUCUCAGCACGGAUAGAGAUGGACAUGAUCAUGUUGCAAGUAAAGGAAUGCUACGUUUCUCAUCGAUUCUAUAG